AUGUCGACGAAUAACAGAUCGCAAGGUGCUCAGGGAGAAAAGACAUACUUUGAACAACAACGCGAGCUCGUACUCCAAGAUGUUGCAACAAAUCUAGAACAGGUGCUCCAAAACAUGAAUACCCUCAACAGAAGCUUGGAAAGCGUCAUCGCUGUCGGCAACGAGUUCGGCCAAGUCGAAGGGCUGUGGUCCAUGUUCGAGAACGUCAUGGCACAGCAACAACAACAGUCCCACGAGGAAGAAGGACAGACACAUACUGGUGCUCAAGAGAAGAGCCAAAGACACUGA